UUUUCUUUGUGUUUGCUCCAAGGAGAGGAUGGCUGAUGUUCCUGGGUACAGUGUGUCUGGCCUGCUUGCCUCUGUCUUCUUUGUCCUGCUCAUCACGAAGCAGCCAGAUAACUUUAAAGUGAUUGGUCCUGCCCAUCCCAUCGUGGCCAGGGUUGGGGAAGAUGCCGUAUUAUCCUGCCAUCUCCUCCCCAAGAGGACGGCCGUGCGCAUGGAGGUGACUUGGUAUCGCUCAGAGCCCAGCGCACAGGUGCUUGCGCUGCAGGACGGAGUUGAGGCGACGGAGAUGCAGAUGGAGGAGUACAGGGGCCGGGUCGAGUGGAUACAGGACGACAUUGCCGAGGGACGGCUGGCUCUGAAGAUUUACAACGUUCAACUGUCUGAUAACGGGCAAUACUGGUGCCGUUUCCAAGACGGGAACUACAUUGGGGAAACAAGCUUGUUGCUCAAAGUCGCAGGUCUGGGUUCUGCCCCUGACAUCCACAUGGAGGGGCCUGCGGGAAGUACAGUCCAGCUUGUGUGCACUGCAAAGGGGUGGUUCCCAGAACCCCAGGUUUAUUGGAAGGACAUCCUGGGAGAGAAGCUGCCCACUCUCUCUGAGCAUCAAAUCCAAAAUGCAGACGGAUUGUUCUAUGUGGAAGCCUCUCUUGUGGUCAAAGCUGAUAAUGCAGGGACAGUGUCGUGUUACAUCCACAAUGAAGUCCUCACUGAGGAGAAGGAUUCUGACAUCUCCAUCCCAGAGAAACUCCAGAAUGAGCUUGCUUCCUUAAAAGUGACUGGACCUUCAGAACCCAUCCUUGUCAGAGUGGGAGAAGACAUACAGCUAACCUGCAACCUGUCCCCCAGGGCUAAUGCCCAGAGCAUGGAGGUGAGGUGGGUCCGAUCCCACCGUUAUCCUGCUGUGCAUGUGUACAUGGAUGGGGACCAUGUGGCUGGAGAGCAGAUGGCAGAAUAUAGAGGGAGGACCGCCCUCGUGAGUAAGGCCCUUGAUGAGGGGAGUGUGACCCUGCAGAUACACGAUGCCAGAACUUCAGAUGACGGGCAGUACCGGUGCCUCUUUGAAAAAGAUGGUGUCUACCAGGAGGCCAAUUUGGAUGUGAAGAUAGUAGCUGUGGGUUCGUCCCCACUGAUCACCGUUGAGGCAAUGAAGGACGGAGAAUCACAGCUGGUGUGCACCUCAGAAGGGUGGUUCCCACAGCCCCACAUGCAGUGGAGGGACAUGGAAGGGAGGACUAUGCUAUCGUCUUCAGAGGCCCUGACUCAAAGCAGCCAUGGGCUGUUCCAGGUGGAGACACGCCUGCUGCUCACAGACAGCUCUGUUGUCAAUGUGACCUGCUCCAUCAGCAACCCACUUCUUGGCGAGGAGAAAAUGGCAGCUUUUUCUCCCUCAGGUUGGUAA